CACGAUGGCAUCAUGGACUUUGCAAACCAUAGCACUAAACUUCAAAACUUUACUCAUUUUCAAAUGAAAGCCAUAUCCAUCCAUCCAUCCAUCAGCAGAAGAAAAUCAAAUUGACGGAGUGGACUCCGUGGAGACAUCGAUCAAUUACUGUUUACUAAAGCCAGAAACAUGCCAUCAAAGCUCUUGCAAUUGUAAGUUGUAGAUUUCAUGGAUAAUAUGCGGAGAAAUAAUCAACAAGUUACUGCUUAUUUAGUGCAAUCUGAUUCCAAUUCUGAGGGGACUUGGUGCUGCAAAGCAAAAAAGAGAAAAAUGUCAUGGAAAGUCUUGUUCUCCCCGUUGGUUUCACGUUUGAGCAAGAAGGAAAGCGAGAGAUCAUUCUUGGACAAUGGAAGCAUGUUAUUAGAGGAUCUCAUUGGUUCUUGUGAUGGCAAAUCUAAUCCUAUUCGUUGUUAUUCUGCUGCUGAGCUCACGAGGGCUACCAACAACUUCGAUCAUUCUUGCAUUAUGGAAAACGUUUCACCAUACUACCAAAUGUUCAGGGGUAUUCUAGACAACCGAACAAUUAUCAUUAAGAAGUACAUCACACAGGAAUACAUCAACAAGGAUGAAGCUAGGUCUUGUGCUAUUCGUGAUAUUAUCAUAUCAAUGCAGAUGAGCACCCAUAAGAAUGCUUUGAAAUUAUUAGGUUGCUGCUUAGAGUUUUCUAUCCCAGCUCUGGUGCAUGAAAAUGCAGCAAAAGGAGUUCUCAACAAUCAUGGAAGUUUAGGGACUAACGAAAAUCAAUCCAUGUUACCAUGGAAAACUAGAUUGCAUAUUGCAAAGCAGCUUGCUAAUGCACUUACAUAUCUCCAUACCGCCUUUCCCAGACCCAUCAUUCAUAGGGAUCUGAGAUCCACUUGCAUUUUGUUGGAUGAUGACUAUGUUCCCAAACUCUCCAACUUUUCAUUAUCCAUAACCAUUCCUCCUAAGCAAUCCCAUGUUGAAGAUAGCGUGAAAGGGACAUAUGGGUACGCCGACCCAAACUUUAUGGCGACUGGUUACAUUACGGCAAAAAGUGAUGUUUAUAGCUUUGGUGUUCUUCUACUUGUAUUCUUGACGCGACGAAGAGCUGCUUGUAAAAAUCAGGCAGGAAAAUUAGAACCUAUUACUGAAGAUCUGAAACUUCAUCUUUCUAAUGUCCGGAUUCAAAUUGAGACAAUUGUGGACCCUAAAAUCCUUGAGAAUAUAAGGGGAGAUGACCAAGCACAACAGCAAUUGCAGGAUUUCCUAGAACUUGCAUUGUCCUGCAUCCAAACCCAAACUGAAGCAAGGCCCGAUAUGAUUGAUGUGGCCAAAGAACUCGUACGAAUUGAGAACUCCAUCUUGCCUUGCUAGCUACCUUAAUUAAGUGACCUGUGCGACAAUGUAGCAGUUUGUAG